AUGACAGCUACGCCAUUGAAUAUUGAUGAGGGUACUUUUUCGAUAUCUAACCGCCCAAUUGCUAGCAUGGUGCAGAGCUACAUACAUAUGCAGCUUGAAGUAGAGUAUGUUUUGUCUUCAGCCGUAGAAGAGAAAGCUCGUAGACACCUUUCGUAUAAAAUUCACAGGGCAAAAUCCUUGUCGGAAAAGUUAGCUGGGCGUAAUCGGUUUUCUCGUUGUCGAACAAGAAAGAUAAGAGCUCUUUUGGAUCCCACCCUGGAUGUUGUGCGUAGUCAACGCGAAAUACGAAUGCAGACGAUGCACCGGGAUGAUGCACGCAAUACUCUUCUUAAUAAACCCACUCACCCACAAAUUCAGACCUUACCCAACUAA